ACCAAAAUUUCAGGAGGUGUAAGAUCUAAUUAAGAUGUAUCAAAGAUAAGACACAUCUAACUUUUCUUAUAUAUACUUUAAAAUCUUGUUCACGUUUUCGAAAACAAAUAUUAACCAAAUAAACAUCAUCAAUUCGUUCAUAGCAUAUGAGAUGAAGAAACCCAGUCAACUAUCGGCCACCAUUCUAACUAUCUUCACCAUCCUUGCUAUAGGGGUGAUGGUGGAAGAAACACUGGGAAAACAACGUUUAUGUCUUAAAGUUCUAACAAAUGCUUCACAUGUAUCUAAGGAUACAUCAACAUGUGACUCGAAAUUGUGUACUUCUCUAUGUGAAAAGAAAUCUCCCCAAGGGGUUGGUUUUUGCAAGCCUAUUGCAACUACGGAACAAUCCAAAAAAGGAAAACCUGAAUGUAACUGCAGAUACUGGUGUCGAUCGGAUGGAACCCCGUCCACCAAAUAGAUUUAUCAGAUCACCAAGUUAAAUUCAUAGAAUGCAAAUCAUCGACAUUUUUUUUUAUCGUAAAAAUUCAUAAUAGUUGUAUUUAUAAUCUAAAUAAGUAAUUAUCAAAGUAAAAAAAAAAAAAUUAGUAGACCAAGACAUAAUCAUGUUUGUACUACUUUUGU